AACAGAGUUUUGACCUUACAUCAAGUGCUGUGGUUUCGUAGUGGACAUUUCUUCAGCUAUGGGCUGUAAAAACUGCUGUAAUGCUUGCCUCCAGUGUCUCUUUGGCUAUGAAACCAAUGUAAUGCUGGUUAUUAAUAACAAAGGUGUUGGAGCCCUCUUCAGACUGAUCCAGUUUUUGAUCAUUGCCUAUGUUGCUGUAUAUGUCUGCUGGAUUCAGCGCGCUUACCAGGACACCGACUCCGUGAUCAGCUCGGUCAGCACAAAGGUGAAAGGAAAUAUUUUGACCAAUUCACCCAUUGAGGGGGUUCAUGUUUGGGACGUACCUGAAUAUGUUAUCCCACCCCAGGGAGAAAACACUUUCUUUGUGUUAACAAAUGUGAUUCUGACUCCAGGCCAGAGACAGAGCAAGUGUCCUGAGACUCCGAGUGAAGUCACUAAGUGUGAAUCUGACAGUGAUUGCAAAGAAGGAUACAGUGAUGUCCAUGGCAGUGGUGUUCAGACUGGACAUUGUGUGCAGUACUCUGAUAAGAUCAAAACCUGUGAGGUGCAGGCAUGGUGUCCUCUUGAAAAUGACGCCAAUAUUCCAAAACCUGCUGUUCUAGGUGCAGCAGAGGACUUUACAGUGCUCAUCAAAAACAACAUACAAUAUCCAAAGUUCAAAUUUAAAAAGCGAAACAUUCUGCCUCACAUCAACUCCACAUACUUAAAAAGCUGCAUGUUUAAUCGUAAAACAGACCCAGACUGUCCUAUUUUUCGUCUGGGGGACAUGGUAACUGAAGCAGGAGAGGACUUCAGCGUCAUGGCUCUUAAAGGUGGCAUUAUUGGGAUUUUCAUUGAUUGGAAUUGUGACUUGGACUUCUCGGAACGUUUCUGCAUUCCCAAGUAUUCUUUUAGCAGACUGGACAACAAAAAUCCUGAAAAUAACGUUGCCCCUGGCUACAAUUUCCGAUUUGCAAAGUAUUAUAAAAACAAUGAAAGCAUUGACACACGGACAUUGAUAAAGGCCUUUGGAAUCCGCUUUGAUGUCAUUGUGUUUGGGAUGGCUGGUAAAUUCAAUAUUGUGCCCACUAUUGUCAAUCUUGGUGCCACUCUUGCCUUUCUCAGUUUGACGGCUGCUAUUUGUGACUGGGUCAUGCUUACUUGUAUGAAAGACCGUGACAACUAUGCCAAACAUAAAUUCAUUCACCUGAACCAAAACGGUGACAGUAUGCCACUGAGCUCCAUGGAGACAAGCUCAUAUGGGACUCCAUGA